AUGAGGAUGACCUAUUGUGCCAAAGAACAUGAUGGCUGUUCAUCAAAGAGAAAAUGCCAGCGAGAGGGAAAAGACCAACAGACAGACUGUGCUCUCUACAAUUGGUUUCAAUUUAUUUGCUUGAGAAAUGUCCCUGUCAAUGGCCCGAUCCUAAUGCACAAAACCAACAGCAUUGCUCAAGCUGCUGGACACGAUUUUAAGGCAUUCAAAGAACACAAACUAAACAUAUCAUUCUUAGCAGGUGAUGCAGCUGAAGUUCACGUUGAUGGAGCCCAUCAAUUUCAUGAGACAACCAUGCAGCUUCUGUUGAAAUUGUAUAGGCCACAGGACAUCUACAACGCUAAUGAAACUGCGAUCUACUUCCGUGCAUUACCAGGAAAUACAUAUGUCUACAAGAGUUGCAAGAAAACUGUGAGAGGCUUUAAGACAGCACAGGAUCAUGUGACCUUGAUGGUGGCCUGCAACAUGAGUGGAGACAAAGAAGACUUGCUCUUAAUCGGAAAGGCUGGUUCACCAAGAUGCUUCAAAAAUGUCAAAAUGUUUCCGAUUCAAUACAACUUUUCAACCAAUGCUUGGAUGACAGAAAAAAUCUAUGGAAGAUGGCUCAGAUCUUGGGAUCGUUGUUUGCAGGAAUCUGGAAGACAAGUGGUGGUCCUACUUGACAAUUGCUUUUCUGGUGUAGUCAUCGAUGAUCUCAAGAAUAUCACUUUAAAAUUUCUUCCUCCCAACACAAUGUCAGUGCUGCAGCCCUGUGACAUGGGGAUAAUCAAGACCUUGAAAGCCUACUUCAAACAUGAAAUGUGA